CAUCUCCAACAAAUGGCCAAUCUUUUCUUGCUACAGGCCCCAAUUGUUUGAACAAAUGGUUCUGCAUUUCAGAGUCUGGCAACAGCACGAUACCGGAAGAUAAGUUUACAUGGAGACGAAAAUCAUGACGCGUUACUAUUGUCUACGUAUCUGGCAUUCUCAAUCUAUGACGUCAUUGUAGCAUGGAUGGUAUGACGUCACAAGCAAGUUUUCUGCGUGACAACAAGUGCCGUAAACAAAUGUAGCAGGACGUUGUGGCUUUGGGCGCCGCGAUGGCUCGACAUCUAAUAAUGAAAAAGGGUAUCUUCCAGAAACUAGACUUGGCUGAUGCGAACCUCGCAUGGGAUCUGGUGGGUAGCGAAGUCGUCAAACUGUUUGCAGGGGAGCAUCUUAUUCCGAUUCCAACUUUUAGCAGUAAGCGCUCGCCGUGCGCCCCGGGGUUUGUGGCGCUUCGAAAGGAGCGCUCAUUUAAGGAGUGGGUGCUCAGACGACCCCAGAACUUCCUUUUGACAGAAUUUCUUUGGGAUUUCCAUCCUUCAUGGGACGAUAAGCAACGCAUUCUCCACUCGAGCUCAAAAUUCGAAGAUACCGGGGCCAGCUUUGUAUACGAAAGAUCUCUAGUACACAAUGGCCAAAGUAAGACGAUCCGCGUUGUACUUAACGGAAAGGAGAAGUCCUCACUUGAUGAAAUGCCAGGAGAAAUGACCAUCGACCUCGAAAACUUCGAGGACUCGUACUUCGAUGACCUCGACAUCUUCUUGGUAGAUACAGUGUACUCAUGCGACUCCGGCUUCCUCGAGGUGACAGUAGAUGAUGACACAUCCCAGAUAGAAUUCUCGGCGAGGUUUCCAAUAGGAUUCAAACUUUUAAAACUGGAUACUGGAUAUGGAACGUUCCCAAGGAAAAUCCGGCGCAUUAAGCCCGUCAACGCCGGGAAGUGGAAGGGGAUGUGGCUGGACCGAACUCAUUACAAGCACGCGCUUCACCAGAUCAUGCCAAACCAAAAUAAAUACGGUGGCGCUGCGGGAGAUGUCUUGGGUUUACAUAAUACGCCUUUCAACCUGAACGAUUAGUGCUUUCACUGCAGUGUGAAGAUGGGAAAAGAUCAGAGGAUGUUCAGAACAAACAAUCCCAGAAACACAGGAAAACUGUAAUUGAUUAAAACAAUUCAAACUUU